AUGGUAAUUGAGAGGUGCUUUGGAGUCUUUAAGGCUCGCUUUCCCAUCUUGAGUUGCAUGGCAAAUUAUAAGGAAUCUCGGCAACGUUUGGUUGUUUUUGAAUGUUGUGCGUUACACAAUUUUAUUCGCAUCAAUAAUCGUAGAGAUGAAAUGUUUAACUCAUGGGAGAACCUUGACGUUAAUAGAGAUGAUGUACAAGUUGGGAACAAUGAGAAUUCUCCUGAGUCAAGUGCAAGUGCUGAAAGGAGGCAUGUGAGGGAGAUAUCUGAUGCGGCAAAGAGGGCAAUGGGUGAGUUUAGGGAUGAUGUGACUGCCCGCAUGUGGGAGGAGUACGCGCGACAAUGGGGUUGA